GGUGGUGAUAGUGGGAGGAGGAGGAGGAAAAGAAGGGGGAGAUUGAGGGGAUGGGGGAUGCACAGAGGUAGAGCAGGAUGAAGGGGAACGGGCAAAAGAGAAGAAUGAGAAAAGGAUAAAAGAGAGGACGAGAGAUAAAGAUAGAAUGCUUGGAGAAGGGGGUGUACAUUUUACACUGGUGUGUAAAAUGUACUAAAAUGUCUAGAGUAAAGUUACUAAGAUGUGAUAUUGUCUGGUUGUCUUUAGGUGACCCCUACCCUCUCCAACUUAUCCCCACAUCAAUGGCUGCUGCUGCUGCUGCUACACCAGGCCUGGGACCACUACAGCUCCAGGUGAGCCUACAGCAGUUGUAUGCUGCUCAGCUGGCAGCCAUGCAGGUUUCCCCCGGGGCCAAGCAGCACGGAGGCAGCCUGCCACCCCAAACCAACCUGGGCACACACUCGCCACCCACCAACACACACCUACAGAGUGACAAGAGCCACAGCUCCCCACCACCACACAAGACUAAGGACAGUGAGGGUGCACAGCCACUGAACCUGUCGGCCAAGCCUAGGGCAUCCGAGAGCAAGUCACCCAACUCCCCCCCAACUUCCCCACAGGUCAAUGCUGCUGCUGCUGCCACCAAGCUGGGCCCUGCCAGUUCCUUGAAGCAGAGCAUCGCUCCCUCCAGCAUCGGAGGACCACCAACCAGAGUCAGCUCAAUAGCAGAUUUGUUGUCCUCGCUGUCCUCGACAGCCUACCUUAACGACCAUGAGGCGGUGACCAAGGCCUUCGCCGAGGCCCGACAGAUGAAGGAACAGCUGAAGAGAGAGCAGCAGGUCCUGGACGCCAAGGUGGCCGCUGUCAGUAACCUCAGCCUCAACAAUGGACGCACAGACAAGGACAAGGCUGCCUUGGAGAGUCUGAGUCAGCAGCUGAAGCAGCAGGCGGAGGACAAGUUCAACCACGCCAUGCUGGACUUCACCAUGAGUGGAGACUCUGACGGCUCCCCCAGUGUGUCAGACUCCAGAAUAUUUCGGGAGGCCCGGGGUCGUGGUGGCAGCAGCGAGCCUCACAUUAAACGGCCAAUGAACGCCUUCAUGGUCUGGGCCAAGGAUGAGAGGAGAAAGAUUCUCCAAGCCUUCCCCGACAUGCACAACUCCAACAUCAGCAAGAUCCUCGGCUCACGCUGGAAAGCCAUGACCAACCUGGAGAAGCAGCCGUACUACGAGGAGCAGGCUCGCCUCAGCAAGCAGCAUCUGGAAAAAUACCCAGACUACAAGUACAAGCCGCGGCCCAAACGCACCUGUCUGGUCGACGGCAAGAAGCUGCGUAUUGGCGAGUACAAAGCCAUCAUGAGGUCCCGCAGACAGGAAAUGAGACAAUAUUUCAGUAUGGGGCAGCAGAGCCAGCUUCCUCUGUCCUCGGCAGGCGUCGUCUACCCUGGUGCCCUGUCCAUGGCGGGAAUGCCUUCACCCCAGAUGCCCUCUGAGCAUUCCAGCAUGUCCAGCAGUCCCGAACCCAACGCCAACCACCACCAGAACCCCCAGAACCUGGGCCUGAAGGGGGACGAGCCUCGCAUCAAGGAGGAGCUACGGCUGGACGACAGCAACGGUGACGUGUACGACGACUUCGACUACGAGGAUGAAGAGGUUGAUUACGCCAGUGAUCAUGAGAACCAUAUCACACAACGGGACGGCAUGUGAGCCAUUCACUUUUAAGCCAAUUACUGCUGGUUAAUCCCGCCCCCCUCCCCCCUCAAAUCCUAAACCUGCCAAUCAGGAAGAAAACUUUCUCUUUUGCCAAUCACCCUCAGUCACAAUCUCACUCAACCCUGCAACGCUUUCCCCCUUCCUUACCGACAUGGACUCCAAACAGAGCCAGACCUGCAUCCCCUCCUCCCUCUGGAGUCCUGAUACCAGCAUUUGAUCAAUCAACUAAAGCACAGGACUUGUCACUCACACUGACUGUUACAUGAACUGGAGUCUGGGAGGAAGAGACGACCAGAGACGACUCUGAAGCUCGCUGAGGAAUAUUCACGUACUACUGCAAGAGUUUGCGUCAUGCCACAAGUGAGGAGAACUAAAAAUCACACUCAGAAAAGCAACCUUUAAAAGUUUGUAGACGAGGAGAAAGACGGAGCAGUGGACCUGUCAAAGGCUAACAGAUGACACUUUAAGAUGGCGGACCUGUUUGUUAUCAAGAGACACUUUUAAAAAAAACAAAAAAAAAAAAACAGCUUUUUUGUUCUUUGGUUCUAUAAUAUUCUCACUCAGGUACACGGUGCCAAUAAGUGGCUUGUGAAUGUGAUUUGUUGUUUUUGUGCUUCAAGUUU